CCGGACGCUGUGGGAUGCAGGCCGCCUGGACUCGCCGUCAGUGCCGAGGAUGGAAGUGAAGUUGGAGGUUUUGUUGUCGUCCAGCAUCAAGCGCAGGAAGCCGUGGCCCAGGUUCUGCUGGCUGGGCAGGGAGAAGGAGGCCGUGUUUCUGUUGGACGACAGCCGGAUCAGCGAAAUCCAUCUGCUUUCGGGACGGACCAAAAAGAAGACCCCGAAACUCCAGCCGCUGUUGCAGAGGACGGCGACCAUGUCCGCGUCUCCGAAUGGCGCGUGGCUGGUGGGUCUUCUGGUCUCCGGGGAACUUUUCCUGUGGAACAAAGACAAGGAUUCGCUGAAGAUGGUGUCCGCCGUUCCUGAGGUUCACCAGCUGCUUUCUUCCAUCAAAGGUCGGGCGAGUGCAGUGCGUCUUUCUCUGCUGGUUUCGGAGGACGCUCAGCGGGUUUUCCUGGCCGCUCUCACGGGUCAGGCGUUCCUCUGGGAGUGUUCUUCAGCUCAGGACCUGAGCGGCCCGCGGGACACUGCAGUCCCGGGCCGCUGGAGCCAGAUCUCACAGAACCAGAACAUCCAGCUGCCCUCCAGCAGAGACAAAGAGGCUUCCGCUCACAGUGUGUUUGUGAAGAACCAGGCCGUCGGUGACGUGUGCCUGAGCGCUUUCGUCUUCAUCUCUGAAGCGCAGCUCAUCUGCACCUUUCUGAAGAUCAAGUGGAACGACAAACUCAGUUGGCCAGGUUUCAGCGUGCGCUGGAUCUCUAAGUCUUACCCGCUCGACCAGCUCCUGCCUCCGUGUGCCGCGGUGAAGUCCAGAGGCGCUCUGGUCCCAGCCUUCUCUCCAGACGGUCAACUGCUAGCCGUCGUCCUGAACCAGAAAGACCCGCAGGCGACGCAGGUGUUGUUCAUCAGCACUCAGAACUUUGUGACCGUGUCCAGUGUUUUAGGAGGAUGUGGCGUGAAGACGCUCAGUAUUCCAGCUAAAUAUGUGAGGUCGUACUGGGCCGGGUCUGUGAGCUGGACUCCUGAAGGGCUUUAUCUGGCCUGCGUGCUGAAGAGAGGCUCUCUGCUGAUGCUGGCGCGUCUCGGCGGACUCGUCUCUCUGUCCACGACAGGAUGCAGCGUAGAGUUUGGCUCCGCCCACUUCCUGCCUCUUCACCCGCUGGUCACCUACAGACCUCCAGCGCCUCUGCAGUCUCAGGACGUGUCCAGCUCCAGCGCGUCUCUCCGCGACCCCAUGAGACAGCGCUACUCCGUCACGUGGCAUCCUCGCCAGCCCUUCCUCAUCGUGUCCGACGGCUACAUGGUGACGGUGCUGAGGAUGAGCGAGCGCCCGUCUGCCGCCGGACUGAUGAGCGCCGCCCUGCUGGACGCCGCCCAGGGACUGGAGCGCAUCCGGAGGGAGCUGGGCUCGUCUCAGCCUCAGUUCAGGUCCCGGCUGGAGUCCAUGUCCUCUCUGACGUUCACAGGAAGUCUUCAGGCUCUUAAAGAGAAAGAAACGCCGCUGUCCGCUCUGCCUCCGUACCUUCAAGACACAGCGGACCUCCCACGAAACACAGAGAGAACGCAGGAUGAGGAAGACCGUGACUCUGAUGAAGGUCCGUAUACCUGCUCGCACACAGAAGACGGAGGCAAGCUGGAGUUUGCGUCUAUGUUUGACACUCUUCACGCCCGAGCGGCGUCCCCGGGUCUGCAGGAGGACCUGGACGGGGUCCACAGGAGCCUCACGAGAGCCUGGGCCCUGGGCGUGUCUCUGGGCUCGGUCCAGCAGAGAGAGCGUCUCCUCAGGUACACCGUCCUCUGCGUGGCCCGCCUCCUGAGCCUCCUCCGGGUCGGAGACACCUGGGUCCCUCACGCCCUUCACUCCCUCGGGACGCUGCUGUCCUUCCUCCCGUGGGACGCCGGACGCAUCGCUGGACGAGGCUGUCUGGACAUCGCCGUGGAGCUCACUCGAUGUUUCGUGGACACGUUUCUCCCGCCUCCCUCGUCCCGUUUAACCCUUUCCUCUCGACUUGGCGCGGCGCUCGUCGUCCUUCGGCGAGCGUCUCGGAGCAUAGACCGAACCUACAGCCUCCCGCCGAGAGCAGUGCAUCAUGGGAAAGACGGCCAGCUGACGUUCUGCUCAGACGUAUUUUCCGUCCCGCUGUUACAAGACGAUGCUGAUGCCGAUGCCGAGACAGGAGCACAAACAGCACCUUCUAAAAGAUUGGUGGUUAUUUGGCGCGAGGUGUACAAAAGGGCUUUGCGCUAUCAGGAGGAAUUACUUCACCGCAGAGGCGUGAAACACGAGCUUGAGAAGAUGUCAGUUAUUAUACCUCAAAUCCAGCAAGCUUUACAGUCAGCCGGAGACCGUCUUGAAGAGAGCCACACACUGCGCAGUUUCAGCGGGGAACAGCACUUUAUUUUAGGAGAGUACACGGAAAGCGUUCAUGUGUGGAGGACCGAGCUGAGGGCAGAGAGACGGAGAGGUCCGGUGACGUGUUAUCAGGAGACUCGCCGCUGUCUGGCUCUUCUCUACACACUGCUCUUCCAGUACCGGCUGCGAGAGGCUCAAGGGCUGUGUGACCGACUGGCACGGCAGCUACAGACACGAGCGGGACGACAGGAAGAGGAAACGCCAGCAGAGGGUGUAGAUGAGCUGGUGUCCGAGGGUCCGGCGGGGCGGGAAGCCGCCUGUGCUGUGGUUCAGUCUCUGGGCAGGUUCAUGGCUGCGUACUUCACAAACCGGCCGCUCUGCAUCCUCCCGCCACACAGCGUCGACGUGCUGCCGCCUCUUCACUUACCACACGACACCGGUGGACGUGUGGUAGAGCUGUGUCAGACUCGAGUGUCUCUGUCGGUGCGCUCCGAGCAGCUCUCGGCGCUGUGGACGGUGGAUUACGCUCUGGAGCUCCUCCUGCUGGGCGGAUUGAUGCCCGAAGCCGUGUGGAUGGCGCUUCGGCUGGGCGACUGGAAGAUGGCCUCCGCCCUCGGCCUGGCCUACACCCACUACUGCGGUGGACAGCUGGACAUCAGCAGCUUGCGUUGGAGAGAACUGCACCUCCCCACCGAGCUCAAGCCCGCGGUGAUAUUCCAGAAUCAGCUGGAGAUGUUACUGGGACGAAUGCCUGGGUCCGAAGGAGAUGCUAACGCAGAGGACGUGGAUCUGGUUCAGGUCUCUGUGCAGGAGAUCUUGAAGGCGUCUGUCAUGGCGGAGCUGGACGUCAUCUCUCAGCCUCUGACGCAGAUUCUGGACGCAGCCAAAGAGCGAGCCGCAUCACUUCCUGCUCUGGUUCCUCCUGCGUUCUACCUGCCCGCUCCUCCUCUGUACUGUCCACAGCCUUCGCCCAACACACAGGACUCGGUGAAAGAUACGGCUCUGGUUCUGGAGCGGGAGUCUCGCUGUCAGGUGUCUGGGCUGGUUCAGAAGGUUCUGAUGCUCUUCAGGGCGACACACAGCUCUCGGCCCGCGGCGCAGUGGUACAUCACUAACCUGCAUCGCUGCAGACACUUACUGCACAAGAUUGGGAAGAAAGCGUCCGAACCCAAAGCAGAACUGAUUCCCGAUGGACUGAGGAAAUUCUCCACUCAUCGUGGGUUCUUCCAAUCAGGGCCCAGCAAAGACAUGGAUAGCGUCACAACCCAGAUCAUUACAUGCUUUCGUGAGUUGUGUGCUCUUUGCUGGAUGCUCCAUGUGAGGGACCAGCUCAGCGUUUCCUGUAGAAGGUACCAGGCUGCAAGGCAACAGGGGAAGACACUCAGGUGCGCGAGUGUGUCGGGUCUCUGUGUUGAGGCUCUGUGUUGGGCGCGCCGUCUCCUGCCGUUCUGCCGUUUCCUGAACGCAGAGGAAGUCCUGCAGGACUUAGUGCUCAGCCUGGUGUCUGAACUACCACCCGGUCAUGUGACGGCAGAAACCCUAGCAGAAGUGUUUCCUGAUGAGACGGAGUCUGUUCGCGUGCCGCUGCGGGAUAAAUACACGUCUCUGGUCCAGAGACUGAGACCCGUGAUCGUGCCAGACACCUCCACACCAGAAGUGGAGGAGGGAAGCGAGAGGGAAGACGAGGACGGCGAUACGGUGAUGAUUCUGAUCCAGGAUCGGCUGAGGAAGAGACGCCGGGAGCUCCGGCGCCUGGCAAAGUACCUGGGUGCACCGGAGCCGUAUCUGUGGGAGAGAGAGGAGGAGGAGGACAGGGGAGGUGCUGCAUCUAUACUGAAGCGCCUCUCUCUCGGGACGAGUUUGAGUGACAGCACGCUGACGGACGGUGGGCGUCCCCUAGUGUACAGCGAAGGAGACACAGCCGAGACGCUGUCAGAGCCUCUUUCCCCAGAGCUGGAGACCAAAUCAGCACACAGCUCAAAGACGGCAACAUUUCUGGAUGCACCUCAGAAAUCAACAGAAGAAAGGAAAGGAGAUAAAAGGUGUUGUUCAGAGCGGACCGUGCCCUCAGUGGGAACCUGGGAGUUUGAGCUGGUGGACGAGGAGUACACGCUCUUCCUGGAGUUAUUCCUCAGCUACACGCUGGGAAAAGACAGCCUGGACGCCCAAGAGUCUGAGCUGCCUUUACUGAGCGCUUUCUCACAACAGCUCCGCUCUAGAGAGCUGCACUCGGCGACCUUUGACAUGCUGAGCGCUCUCAAGCGGCGUCAGAAGGAUCGUAAACGGAGCGCUCCGUUACCUUUCUUCCACGCCGGUCACUGCUUCCGAACUCUCCCGCUUACUCCCGAACCUCCGGCGUCUGUCCGGUCCGACACUUCCCACCGGGCCCUUCCUGGACUCCAUCCCGGGAAACGUCGAGGUCUAUUCGCCCUCCGUCGCCAUGCCGCCUUAACGUCCGAAGUCAGCGCGGCCCCGAUCGGCGCCGAAGUCCUCUCUGAGGCCGAAGGAGAUGUUGAGACGGAGCUGGACGCCUCUCUCGAGGUCCGGUUUCCUCGGCUGGCCCGGCUGCUGGAGUGGAUGCUGCGCUGGGCGGAAAGGCGGGUUCUGCUCUCUCAGCCAAUCAGAAGCACCUCAGAGGGCUCCGGUGAUUCGGUGGUCAUCAGGGUCAGAGCCUCGACCCCUGCAGUGCUGACCGCGCUGGAGCUGCUGGAGCGGAGGUACAGCGCCGCCCUGCUGGGGGAAAACGCGCAUCGCUCCAGUACCGAGAGGGAGGAGCCUAUCUCCCAGCCAAUCACAGGCCGGAGGCGGGACAGAGAAAGCGGCGUGGACACGGGUUACCCGGGGUCAGCAGAGACGGAGCUGGACGUCCAAGACGCUCAUGAAGCCGAGGAGACGUCUGAACGAGAAGAGACGGUGAUGUCUGAUGAACAGAUCCGAGACAUCAGACGCACAUCUACAGACGACGAGAGCAGCUCUUCUGAUGUCACCGAGGCAUCAUGGACCAAUCAGAGCAGAGAUCACAGAGAUCAGGCUUUAACACUGACUGAUCUACAGCCUCCGGACCCAGGUGAACCCUCCUCACAAUCACAAUCCGAGGGAAAACACGUCUCCUGUGCGCCGCUGGACAGACCUGAGCUCUCGGCUUCAGACGGAGCACCGUUACCCAUGAUUCCCGGCGGCGCAGCACCUCACAGCGAGCCCCAAACACACACAGACCCCGUCAGACAGCUGCUACAGGACGAGCUCUUCAGGCUGGUGCAGCUUCAGCAAAUCAACUUCAUGAGUCUCAUGCAGGUCGUCGGAGCGUCUUUCUCAAACCUGCCGCUGUCUCAGUCCAGUGCAGCUGCAUUGCCGGCCCAGAGCCAGUCUCUUACCCAGAAUGCCCAGCACACUGCGUGUGACCACACCAGCCUCCCAACAGCAGCCAGCGGAGAGGAAAGGGUUAACAUCACCCAGGACGUGAAUUCAGCAUCUGAUCUCAAUCCACGUAAUGAGAGUAAGCGGAGAAACACAAGCCGCAAACCUCAGGAAGUCCAGCAGUUGCUCAUUGGCUCGGACUGGCCGGAGGACGGUCCCCCUCAGGGCAGGGGCCUGAUCCCGACGUCCCGAGGGCUUCUGACCACCGCUGGAGCUCGGACACACGGACUCAGACUCCUGCAGCUUCCUCCGGCUCCCGUGAGGCAGGCCUGGGCCGCGUCUGACCCCUCGUGUGUCCGGCCGGCAGCUCCGGCAGCUCCUCCGGCUCUUCCCCUGCUGCGCUUUCACCCGGACACCCAGCGGCCCGUCACGCUGCCUCGCGUCCCACAAUCCACCACGGCAAGACUGCCCAGAGUUCAGCUGCUGCACAGAGAGCCGGAUCCACCUGCUGCUGUCCGGCGCUUCAGCUCUGCUCCGCUACGAACGCCUCGUCUCAUCCCGCUGGAGGAGCUGUCGAGACGGGCCCCAGCGACACACACGGGCCCCGGGGCCAGACUACAGCUCUUACAGACCGACCCCGUCCCCCAGAACAAGAUCACAAGCGGCCCGUCCGUCAAGAGACAGAAGAGGAGAGAGGAGAAGAAGAAGAAGAAGGAGGACAGUACUGCCGUCACUUUCAGACCGGAAGACUCCAUCAUACCUCCGGAGUCUCUGGAUCCCAAAACUCCUGCAGAAGACGCGCCGGACGAGACGGACGCCUACACCUCUCCUUCAGGCUGCUUUGACUCGGAGCUGUCCGGACAGCGCUUGUUGGAGAAGGCGUACAUGUCCUCGGCCGAGCUGCAUGCGUUGGCCUCCACUCAGAAGAGAGCUCCUGACAUCCAGGACGCCUGCACAAACACCGACGCAGAACCGCCUCGCUCCGUCACAGAUGAAGCCGUUUCCGUCCAGCUUUCUUCUUCUCCCAGCAUGCCGUCUGCUCCUGAAGGAGGGCUGAUAGACGUCGUUCCUGUCGUUCCUCCAGACGUUUUCCUGAAUCUUCGCUACUCUAAAGAAAAAUCAUCAGAUGCCGAGAAUGCAGGCCCCGCGGAGUCUGGCUCGGAACUUAAUCCAGAGGGACGGAGGUUCAUCAACGUGAUCGAUCUGACAGACGGCGCUCUGCUUCAGAGUCAGCCCUCAUCUGCUCAGCUCCACCUACUAGCGGCGUCUGUCGUAAACCCCGCCCACAAACAGGACCUAAGCUCCGCCCCUGACGACACCGAGCCCUUCACUGAGAAUCUGGAAGGAGAGGAUCCAGGUCCCUCAGUAGUGCGCAUGCCUCCCGAAGUCGUUCUCGGCGGUGACCCCGUGACUCUGAGCGUCCUGGCGGGCGUUAGUGCUUCACCUCCGAGCGCUCUGGACCGGCUGGUGAUGUCCAGGAGUCAGAUCUCAGCGCGGCUGUCGGAGAUGGACGCUCAGCUGCUCAGACUGCAGAGCAUCGCUGAUAACAUCGACCGAGAGUUCGCCAGCACCAGACUGCUGGUGAACACUAUUGAGACGCUGAGUCCUUCAGUGACGGAGAACAAGCCUCAGUCCAGCUCUCUCAGGGUCGUACGAGAAGUGAGGAGUUACUGUCCUUCACCGCAUCGUUUUGGAGCCACGGCCGACCCGGAGACACGAGACCGGGAGGUUUUAUCUCCUUCUGCACUGAUCCGAAGUUCAGCCCAUCACGAGCGCUUUCCUCCGACAGUGAAACUGGAGCAGCAUGAGCCAGAUACUGAUCCUGAUGUGAUGGAGUCCUUGCUUGAGAAUCCCGUGAAGCCGGCCGAGGACACUCUGGGGGUCAGCGGCCUCAGUGACGUCAAGGACAUUUUGUGUGAGUUGAUCAGAGACGGCGCUUUAUCCCGAUCAGCGCUGGAUGUGUCCCGAUCAGGAACGCUUCAGCCGAGCAGGUCAGAGGUCAAGCCGAGCGGAGCCAUGAUGGAGGAGGAGCGCAGGGAUCUGAGGAUGUGGAUGAGGAGGAGACAGAGAGAACGACUGAUAGAGUACAGAAAACAGAGAGAAGAGAAGAGAGAGCGAGAGCACAGGCCCUUCAUCUCUCCUGUUAAACACAAUCCUACGUCUGCAGAUCUGGCAACCAGCAAGAAAAACAAAGAGCAGCGAGACAGGCUGCUUCUUCAGGAGCAUCACGAGCAGAGAGCACGAGACGCCUGUGGUCUGAUCACGGAGCUGCUCACCGAACCCAUCCAGCUUCCCUCAAACACACAGCACAGGAGCAGUGAGAGGAUUCCCAGGAGUCGGAGCGGGCCUCGUGUUUCUCCGGGGAGGACCGUCGUGCUCCGGAGGAAGUCUGCAGCGAAGACACGCGUCUCUCUGAGCGGCAGACUCGGCCUGAACAGACCAGCCAGCGCUCUUCCGGCCGAUCGCUUGUCUCAGGUCACUCGGCGCGGGAUGCUGUCUGAGACCAGGUCCAGACGAGAGAUGAGGACCUGCACUCAGAGUACAGGAAAAGAGAGAGAUCAGACACAGGAGGGAGACGCAGGGAGUCUGUGGAGCUCAGACGAAGAGGACCAGGACCUCAGACCGGACUGGACCGAAGCGGAUCUCCUGCGUGAUCUGGAUCUGGACGCUCUUUCUCCGAGCUCCAGCAGCGUCCUGAGUAAACUGGACUGGGCCGCCAUCGAGAGGAUCGUGGCCGAAGAGCAGUGAAGCGUCCAGAUGCUGCACAGCUGCAGGCUGGGAGUGUGUGUGUGUGUCUGUGUGUGUGUGUGUGUGUGUGUGUGUGUGUGUGUGUGUGUGUGUGUGUGUGUGUGUGUGUGUGUGUGUGUGUGUGUGUGUGUGUGUGUGUGUGUGUG